UUCCUUCUCCCUCACCUUCAUCUUCUUCUUCUUCUCUCAGCUCUCCCUCUGUUCUUUUUUGCCCUAUCUGAUAGGGUUCCCCAUUUCCUUGUAGCUCCAAUCCAAUUCAUGCAUAUCUGCCUCUCAGCUCUAUUCAUCGUCGUCGUCGUCGUCGCUCUCGUUUCUGUGUCGAUCUUUUUCGGUGUAAAGCCUUGCCUUUUUUGCCUCUCGGGGUUUUUUGAGCUGCACCCAUGUCUCAGCUCUUCGGAUUCGCUGGUAGUGAUGAUUUUUGCCUGGGGGGUUCAAUAUAUGAAAACCCCAAAGAGGCAGGCCUCUUUCUGUCACUCGGUCGGCAUGUGGAUCUAUAUUAUCCUCCUAGCAAGAGGUCUCGCAUCAGUGCUCCAUUUGUCUUCAAUGAAGAGAGCUUCGCACUGAAGAAGCAGGUGUCUAUUGAUGUUCUACCAGAAGAAUGUCUCUUUGAGAUCUUAAAACGGUUACCCGGUGGCGAGGAAAGGAGUGCAUGUGCUUGUGUUUCCAAGCGGUGGCUUACCCUUUUGAGCAAUAUCCAUAGGGAUGAGUUUGGUAACAAGAACUCAAACCUGUCUUUAAAGUCUCAGGAUGAGACCCUUGAAGAAAAGGCUGAAGACCAGGAGAUUGAGAGUUGUGGAUAUCUUUCCAGGAGCUUAGAAGGCAAGAAGGCAACAGAUGUUAGACUUGCUGCCAUUGCUGUUGGAACUGCCAGUCGAGGAGGAUUGGGCAAGCUUAUGAUCCGUGGAAGCAAUUCUGCACGUCCCGUGACAAACCUCGGCCUCAAGGCUAUUUCCCAUGGCUGUCCUUCACUUAGGGUUCUAUCUGUGUGGAACGUGUCUUCAGUUGAUGAUGAAGGUUUGUGUGAGGUUGCAAAAAGGUGCCAUCUGUUAGAGAAGCUGGACCUCUCCCAGUGUCCUGCAAUAUCUGAUAAGGGUUUGGCUGCUAUUGCAAGGAGCUGUCCCAAUUUGACCGAAAUAACACUGGAAUCCUGUGCUAACAUUGGAAAUGAAGGUCUACAAGCAUUUGGAAAAUGCUGCCCCAAUCUGAAAUCUGUUUCUAUCAAAAAUUGCCCUCUUGUUGGGGAUCAGGGGAUUGCUAGUUUGGUUUCUUCUGCUUCUGAUGUCCUGGAGAAGGUGAAGCUUCAGGCAUUGACCAUCACUGAUGUGUCUCUUGCUGUUAUUGGACACUAUGGCAAGGCUGUUACAGAUCUUGUCCUCACCAAUCUCCCGAAUGUGUGCGAGAGGGGGUUCUGGGUCAUGGGAAAUGGUCAUGGGCUGCAGAAGUUGAAGUCUUUAACUGUUACUGCCUGUCAAGGCGCAACAGACACUGGACUUGAAGCAGUAGCAAAAGGUUGCCCAAAUUUGAGACAGUUCUGCCUGCGCAAGUGUCUAUACAUAUCCGACAGUGGGCUGGUAUCAUUUUGCAAAGCAGCAGGAUCUCUUGAGAGCCUUCAUUUGGAGGAGUGCCACAGGAUCACCCAGUAUGGAUUUUUCGGUGCUCUUUCUAACAGUGGUGCAAAGUUGAAGGCUCUAGCUUUUGUUUACUGCCUGGGACUCAAAGACCUGAACCUGAACUUGGGAUUGCCUGUGGUGUCUCCAUGUGAAUCUCUUCGCUCACUGUCCAUCCGUAACUGCCCUGGGUUUGGAAAUUCUGGGCUGGCGGUGUUGGGUCGACUCUGCCCUCAACUGCAGCAUGUUGACUUCAGUGGGCUUGAAGGAAUUACUGAUGGUGGAUUCCUCAAAUAUCUUAAGAGCACUGAGGCUGGUCUGGUGAAGGUUAAUCUUAGUGGAUGUGUGAAUUUGACAGACAAAGUGGUGUCCGCCAUGGCUGAUCUUCACGGUUGGACGUUGGAAGUGUUGAAUCUUGAAGGUUGUAGAAAGAUCAGCGAUUCUGGUUUGGUAGCAAUUGCAGAGAACUGUCCAUUGCUUAGUGAUCUUGAUGUCUCAAGGUGUGCUAUCACUGAUUUUGGAAUUGCAUCCCUAGCCCUUGCAGGACAGCUAAAUCUUCAGAUCCUCUCUGUGUCAGGCUGCUCUUACGUUUCAGACAAGAGUUUGCCUGCCUUGAUAAAACUGGGCGAGACACUUCUAGGUUUGAAUCUUCAGCACUGCAAUGCCAUCAGCAGCAGCACUGUUGACGGUCUUGUGGUGCAGCUAUGGCGUUGUGAUAUCCUUUCCUAGACUUAAGACUUGCCCGCAUACCAGAGGAAUGGUUCUUGCACAACUCAGAAGUUCAGAUUUUAGAGGAAUGGUUCUUGCACAACUCAGAAGUUCAGAUUUUAGUCAGCUUUUUACAAGUAUCUGCAGCUUGCGUUGUUUUUGGGUCCAUCAGCUAUGGGUCUUUAGAGUGUCCGGUUGCCUUUUUUCCGGGGAGAAUGGCCAUAUACUCCUUUUUUUGCAGGUUUCCUAUCAUUGGAGAUCUGUUCCCAGAGUUAUGGCUGUUGGCAAAGAAGCUGUGGCUUCUCGUCAUUUAUAUCCCUGAGCAUACUGCUACCGGGCUCUUGAUCUAGGCUAUUUUUACCGUUUCCAGUAGUCCUGGUUUUAUAGAGCUGGGUGUAGGAGGAGCCCAUCUUUUUGCUUGAUUGUCUAAUACUUAGACCAAGCACUUUUAGGCUUCCUACAUCUAGUUCUAAGUCUGUCAUUUGUCAUUUUACCGAGUCGGUCACGUGCAUUCCGCACGUGAUGGUUGGGUCUUUGUUUACCUCAGAGGGUGGAUUUAGAGUCCAGUAGUAGUCAUCUAGAGUCUUGUAUCGCAGUCAAGAUUUGGGAGCCUUGUGUUUGGGGGCUUUGGCCCUGGCAGCAGUUAGUCUGCCUCGACGAUCCUUGUUCUUGUUGGAAGGUCGUUUUUUUACCAAGCCCCUGUUUUUCCAGGCUUCACUGCUCUUGGACUGCUCUGCAACCUCUUAUGUAAUGGACUCUGUAUCUGCCCUCUGUUGUAUGCUUCAUAUCGUAAUAAAUAAAAUUCUCAGUUGUGUUUAAAUU